AUGGCGACGCGAUCAGAAAAGGCUAUUGGUAUCGACCUCGGUACUACAUACAGUUGUGUCGGAGUGUGGAUGAACGACCGUGUGGAGAUCAUCCCUAACGACCAAGGAAACCGUACGACGCCGUCGUACGUCGCCUUCACCGACACUGAACGGUUAAUCGGCGACGCAGCGAAGAACCAGGUGGCGUUGAAUCCUCAGAACACUGUAUUCGAUGCGAAACGUCUCAUCGGUCGGAGAUUCUCGGAUCCUUCUGUCCAGAGCGAUAUGCGGCACUGGCCGUUCAAAGUUGUUUCCGGUCCCGGAGACAAGCCGAUGAUAGUCGUCUCGUACAAGAACGAAGAUAAGAAGUUUUCUCCCGAGGAGAUAUCUUCCAUGGUGCUAAUCAAGAUGAAGGAAGUCGCCGAGUCCUUCCUAGGCCACACCGUCAAAAACGCCGUCGUUACGGUCCCGGCAUACUUCAACGACUCUCAGAGACAGGCGACGAAGGACGCCGGAUCGAUUUCCGGGCUCAACGUUUUGCGGAUAAUCAACGAGCCGACUGCUGCAGCUAUCGCCUACGGUCUAGACAAAAAGGGAACGAAGGCCGGUGAGAGGAACGUUCUGAUUUUCGAUCUCGGCGGUGGAACAUUUGAUGUUUCGCUGCUGACGAUUGAAGAAGGCGUCUUUGAAGUGAAAGCUACAGCCGGAGAUACUCACCUCGGUGGUGAAGACUUUGACAACAGACUUGUGAACCAUUUCGUUGCGGAGUUCAAGAGGAAGCAUAAGAAGGAUAUCAGUGGGAAUGCGAGGGCGCUUAGGAGGCUGAGAACAGCUUGUGAGAGAGCAAAGAGAACGCUUUCUUCCACCGCUCAGACGACUAUCGAGAUCGAUUCUUUGCACGAGGGUGUCGAUUUCUACGCGACCAUCUCGCGUGCGAGGUUUGAAGAGAUGAAUAUGGAUCUGUUCAGGAAAUGUAUGGAUCCUGUGGAGAAAGUCCUUAGAGACGCCAAGAUUGACAAAAGCAGCGUGCACGAGGUGGUUCUUGUUGGGGGGUCGACGAGGAUUCCGAAAAUUCAGCAGCUCUUGCAAGAUUUCUUCAACGGGAAGGAGUUAUGCAAAAGCAUAAACCCUGACGAAGCUGUUGCCUAUGGAGCUGCGGUUCAGGCCGCGAUUCUGACUGGUGAAGGAAGCGAUAAGGUCCAGGAUCUUCUGCUUCUUGACGUGGCGCCGCUAAGCCUUGGAAUUGAAACAGCCGGUGGGGUGAUGACUGUGUUAAUACCGAGGAACACGACGGUGCCUUGUAAGAAGGAGCAAGUGUUCUCCACGUACGCGGACAACCAGCCAGGCGUUCUGAUCCAAGUCUAUGAAGGAGAACGUGCAAGGACCAAAGACAACAACCUUCUUGGUACAUUUGAGCUCAAGGGCAUUCCUCCGGCGCCACGUGGAGUUCCUCAGGUUAAUGUUUGCUUUGACAUUGAUGCGAAUGGGAUCUUAAAUGUGUCGGCGGAGGAUAAAACCGCUGGUGUGAAGAACCAGAUCACGAUCACGAACGACAAAGGAAGGUUGAGUAAAGAGGAGAUAGAGAAGAUGGUGCAAGACGCGGAGAAGUAUAAGGCUGAGGAUGAGCAAGUGAAGAAGAAAGUGGAGGCCAAGAACUCUCUAGAGAACUAUGCUUACAACAUGAGAAACACUGUAAAGGAUGAGAAACUGGCGCAGAAGCUGGAUCAAGAGGAUAAGCAGAAGAUUGAGAAGGCAAUUGACGAGACAAUCGAAUGGAUUGAAGGAAACCAGCUGGCGGAAGUUGAUGAGUUUGAGUACAAGUUGAAAGAGUUGGAGGGUAUUUGCAACCCAAUCAUCUCGAAGAUGUAUCAGAGUGGUGCUGGUGCCGGAGCUCCCAAUGGAGGUAUGCCAACAGACAGUGGCUCCGGUGGUUCUGGAGGUCCAAAGAUAGAAGAGGUCGAUUAA